AUGAGCUCCGACGAAUCUCCUCCUAGCGGUCUUGGCGCGCCAGAGUUCAACGAUGACCUCAAACCCAUCCUGUCGCCCAUUCUACCCUCAUCGCCUGCAUCAGCUGCCAAGCCUGACUUCAUCCCGCUCGUCACUGUUGUCGGUUUCCAUCAUGCGAGAGGUCCAGAGGUAGAGAAUUGGUUUGGGGCGGAAGAGGGUGGUGAUCCCGCAGCCGACUACGGAUGGUCUUUAUUACCUUUCAUGGCCUUGAGUGAUGGCGCGCAUGCAUCUGAGGAGGACUUCUCAUACUUUACCCUGCUACGCCCAGAGACAGAGACGAAGCCCGCUACGUCACUUUUUGGAAUUUCGUGCACUCGACAGCUCGACUCAACACAGCUCAUCAACCGCCCGGCCGAUGUUACACGAUCCACUGUCCAGAAGGCCGUUGUGGUCAUCGCCGAUAGCCCCCAGUUCUUUGGCAUGCUUCGCGAACGCCUGAGUAUCGUGACCCAGGCCUGGUUUGCCCAGCGCGAGUUCACCGACGUCGAGAUCCUCCGUAGAUUUCAGGAGAGCCUGGCGGACGAGAAAAUCAAGGGUUUGCUCAACGACCAGGUGGACCGGGAUCAAUACCUCGGUAUGAGCCUUCGGGAGUUGAUUCACGAGUACAAAUGGCAAACAUUGGUUCUGUUGAAGUGCUGUCUCCUCCAGCCAAAGAUGCUCUUCUUUGGCUCGAGGUGUGAUAGGUUGUGCAUGAUGCAAUUUUCUCUUUUGUCCCUGAUACCCGGCCUCAUUCGCAACCUGCAGGACAGCGCAGACCCAGAACUAAACAGUUACGAGACGAGCCUGUCAAAGCCUACCAGUUUGCGGACUAGUGAUCGCAACUCUCUGCUCUGCUAUAUGGGUCUUCCUCUCCAGAUAUUUGGCAAGGGCAGCUUAUUCGGACCUUACACUCCUCUGCAACAACUCGAUAUCCUUGCCGACUUUGGCACAAAGUCUUACAUCGUCGGCAGCACAAACUCACUCCUACUCCAGCAGAAGGACCGUUACAGUGAUAUCCUUAUCAACUUGGACGAAGACUCGGUUGUCAUCAACUCUCAAUCGCUCAGAAACGCUUUAACCCUCACAGCUGCCGACAGGAGGUGGAUAGACUACUUGACCCAUGAGAUCAAUGAAACAUGGGAUGAAGCCAACCCCAACCGUCCCAAGACAUUAAAGUACGUCGGGAGCGAGGAGUUCAUUAGACUCCAGUUUGAAGAGUACAUUCUGGCUCUCAUAUCUUCUGUGAAAUAUCACAACUACCUCACCUCAAAUCCCAAUAAUCCGAAGGCCAUACUUCCCGAGGUUGACGGUGACCCUGUUGCCGACUUUGGCUACGAGUGGGUAGAGGCCUGGAAACGCACCGAGAACUAUCGCAUGUGGAACGCAAACACUGACUCUCACCUUUUCGACAUUGUUGACCCUCGACAUCCUUGCGCUGGCGGUCUCAAUAUGGAGGAUGUUCAGCGCCGGAUCGCGGAGCAAGUGAAAGAGUUGCAUCUAGACGAGCGUUUUGCGCAGGGCAAAGAAGUUCUCGGCAGAAACCUCGCCGCUGGGCGUGAAAAGGCGUCCUUCGUCCUCAACAAGCUAUAUGCCGAUAUGGAAGCUUUACGGGAAGCUCAAAGACGUCGUGCCGAAGAAGCGCGCAUGGCAUCGCCAACAAAUGGAUCCAGUCAACCGGCUGGUUACGAUGCUGCGAAGACUGGACAAACAGGAUCAUCAGCUGGUGCCCGAGCGGGCUCUUAUAUCGGUAGCUGGGCAGCCUGGGCUGGCGAGAAACGUCGGACAAGUGGUUGGGGUGGUGGCUGGGGUCGCAAAGCAACUCCCAAGAAUGAGAAGUCCAACGAUGACUCUGCUGCAAGCAGCCCCAUUGAAAGAGACUACCAGAUGAUAAGCAAUCCCGCAUCUCGAGGCGGCAGCUCAGAGGACGCAACCUCGAGACACGACAGAGGUGCAAGCUUCAGUGAGAGCAUACUGUCUGGAGCUAGCGAGCCAAGAAGCCGGCCAACGUCAGGAACCAACAAGCCGCUACCUGGCCCACCAGUACCUGAAAAGGAGAAGCAAAAGGAAAAAGAAGAAGAAAAGGAAAGGGUAAAGGAAAAGGAAGACGACGGAUUCCAAACAGAGGAAGUCGUUGGUUCGAAGGACAAAUUGCCUGGCGUGAACCCUCAUUUAGAGGGUAAUAGUGUAACGACUAAGGAAUGA